CAACUCUUUUGUACUAAGCUUAAAAUCCAACAAAGUAAAACAAGUACAGUAUCCUUGGACGUCUUUCUGACUCAUGAAUGGAAUAUGGGAUGCAUCGUCCAAAAUUCACAGCAAUCGCUUCAAAAUCCAAUAAAUUUUUCGGUUAAGCGCCGAUAAUUUCUUGAGUUUUGUUCGAUACAUCUCAUUUUCCUGUCGAUAAAAAAAUUAUCUUUUCAUAGUCUCCGUUUGGGGAUUAAAACAGGAAUCACAUGUCAAUUGUUAUUUUGAAAAAAAUCUAACUCCCCUUGCUACCAUAUUAUAUAUACAAAUCCUCCAAAUCAAACGUGGGAGAACGUAGGAACAUCUGAAUUCAUUUUCGAGAGAAGAAAAUGCAUGUCAUGCUGAAGCUUUUAAUCCUUCUCGCAAGUUCUUUCUGCCUUUACCUCCUCAUAGCUCUACUCAAGGUCCUGUACGAGUACUGGUGGAUACCUCUCCGUAUACAGCAUAUACUGCGUUCACAGGGAGUUAAAGGACCUCCAUACAAAUUCAUCCAUGGAAACAAUAAGGAAGUUGCCAAGUUCAGAAAGGAAGCUUUGAGCAAACCUAUGGCCUUGACACAUGAUAUAUUUCCCAGAGUUAUGCCUCAUGUUUACUCGUGCAUCAACAAAUAUGGGAAGAAUUAUCUUUCUUGGGACGGUGUUCGAGCUCAACUAGUGAUUACAGAACCAGAACUAAUCAAAGAGGUUUUGAAAAAUAGUGAAAAUGCUUUUCCCAAAACGAAGCUUACAAUUUACACCAGCAGGCUAUUGGGGGACGGUUUGCUGUCAACUGAAGGUGAAAAAUGGGCAAAACAGCGGAAGUUGGCCGAUUAUGUUUUUCAUGGAGAGAGCUUAAAGAACAUGACUCCAGCUGUAAUUGCUAGUGUUGAAACAAUGCUAGAGAAGUGGAAAGGCCGGGAAGGCAAAGAGAUCGAAGUGUUCCAAGAAUUUAGAUACUUGACUUCAGAAGUGAUAUCAAGAACAGCUUUUGGCAGCAGCUAUUUGGAAGGGGAGGAGAUUUUUGACAUGUUGGGGAAGUUGGCAAUAAUUGCGGCCCGUAAUAUGUUUAAGGCUAGGAUUCCCGUCAUAAGCAAGUUCUGGAAAUCGGCUGAUGAUACAGAGUCAGAGAAGCUUGUGAAAGAAAUACAAGAGUCUGUGAUGGAGCUUGUUAAGAAAAGAGAAGACAAAUUAGUUAGCGGAGAAGCUGACAACUUCGGCAAUGAUUUUCUGGGAUUACUUGUAAAUGCCUAUCAUGAUUUGGACGAGAAAAACAGGCUUUCAAUGGAUGAUUUGGUAGAUGAGUGCAAAACAUUCUACUUUGCUGGACAGGAAACUACUAAUUGCUUGCUUGCCUGGACGGUUCUGAUUUUAGCAGUCCACAGAGAUUGGCAAGAGAAAGCAAGAAGAGAGGUGAUUGAGAUAUUUGGUAACCAAAAUCCACAUUCUGAAGGCAUUGCCAAACUAAAAACUGUCGCCAUGGUCAUAAAUGAAACACUAAGAUUAUAUGCUCCUGUAAUUAGCCUGACAAGAAAAGUUGGAAGAGAAGUUCAAUUGGGAAAGCUAGUCCUGCCUGCUAAUUUAGAGUUUAUGAUCCCAAAAAUGGCACUUCAUCAUGACCCUGAAUUAUGGGGAGAUGAUGCUCACCUUUUUAAACCAGAGAGAUUCGCAGGAGGGAUUGCCAAAGCUACCAGAUAUAGUGCGGCUGCAUUUAUUCCAUUUGGAUUGGGACCUCGAUCUUGUGUUGGUAUGAGCUUUGCUACCAUAGAAACAAAGACUGCUCUAUCCAUGAUUCUACAACGAUACACAAUUACCCUCUCCCCUGCAUAUGUCCACUCACCAUUUUCUUUUCUCACACUUCGGCCUCAACAUGGAAUCCAAGUAAUACUCCAGCCACUGCAGAAUGAUGCUUAAAGUUUGGAGUUGUUAAUCUCUAAGAAGGUAUAACAUGCAAUCAGUAAAAAAAAAAGUAUUGGUUUCUAGCAAUGUAAACCACUUUACUGUCUUUACCAGUUAUGUCAUACUUGUGUAGGUGAUUCCAUCUGUUGGCAACAAAGAAACAAGAUUAUGUUCUUCUGGUUGUUUUAAUCAAAGAUUAAUUAGAGUAAUAGU